AAAUUCGAGGAUAAAAAGCCUUGGAAAUUGAGGUUGAUUAAUCUCAUUUGUAUCUAGAGAGAGAGCAACAACGUAGCUAGAGUACGUGAGACCAGCUCCAGAAUAUUAUCAUUGUACACAUCGAUUCUCCAUCAAUUUGAAGAUGGUGAGAGCUCCUUGCUGUGAAAAGAUUGGACUGAAGAAAGGUCCUUGGACCUCAGAGGAGGAUCAAAUUCUCAUAUCCUACAUCCAAAAACAUGGCCAUGGCAAUUGGCGUGCCCUCCCAAAGCAUGCUGGGCUAUUAAGAUGUGGAAAGAGCUGCAGACUACGGUGGAUUAACUAUUUAAGGCCUGAUAUCAAGAGAGGAAAUUUCACAGCUGAAGAAGAGGAAUUAAUCAUUAAGAUGCAUGAGUUGCUAGGGAACAGGUGGUCAGCAAUUGCAGCAAAAUUACCUAAUAGAACUGACAAUGAAAUAAAAAAUGUGUGGCACACCCACUUGAAGAAAAGGCUACAGAAAACAAACAACCAAUCCAAUUCAGAUAGAAAAAGAGUUUCCAAACCAAAAAUCAAACGAUCUGAUUCCAGUUCCAGCACACUAACUUCAUCCAGUGAUUUUUCGUCAUCAGUCAAUGAAGGAGUAGAAAUUAUGGAUAACAGCAUCAAGAGUGAGGAGGACAUAGAAUCUCUGGAGACAAUAAUGCCUGUAAUUGAUGAAAGCUUUUGGUCAGAGGAAGCAAUGGAUGAUGAAAGCUCCACCAUGCCAUCAAAUUCUUUGACAGUGUCAAAUGAAUUACAACCUCAAUGUUCAGUUAAUUCAGUGGAAACCUUCCAAGUACAGAGUAAUGGUUCAAAAAUUGAUGAUGGUAUGGAUUUCUGGUAUGACUUGUACAUCAGAUCAGGGGAAUCAACAGAAUUGCCAGAGUUGUGAAUUUUUCAUAAAUCACAAUAGUUCCAUUAAAAUUGGACGGCUCAAAUUUUAAUCUUAUCUUUAUGUGAACCCAAAUCCAUUUUAAACUUUGCAAAUAACAAUUGUUUUAAAUAAUUAUCUGCAUUGAAUCUUACCAUUACAA